ACCGAAAAAAGAAAAACCUUCAUUUUUGUAUUGGAGAGAGAGAGAGAGAACUGACUGGGUCUUGAAGCACAGGUUUGGUGUCGUCUUUGGCUGGUACGAAAGGAGGCUUUGUGACCUCGGCAGCAUUAUUAUUGUUGCUGGGUUUCAUUUCAUUGAGGAGAUUUCAGAGUUCGAGUCGUUCAUCGUCUCCUUUUUCUUUUUCUCUCUCGCUUUCGAAUUUCACUUGUGUCUGGUAAUGUGGGAAACUUCUUUGCGAAACUAAUAGAGUAAUACACGCAAAAUGAUUUUACCUCCUUCAAGGGUUCUGAAGUAGAUAAUUAAGAACUUAGGGUUGGCAGAGCGCAAGCCUUUAUCGUUCCGGUCGUCUGUUCGAGCACCACAAAGGGCGACAAUGAGUUUAAAUGCUAGUGAUUUGGAAUAAUAAGGUCACGGGUUCAAAUCCUAGAAUCAGUGUAGUGUGUGUGAAUUUAGUAUAUUAUCGUCUCUGUAAGAAAGUUCCUAAAAAGAAAACUUAAGAUGGCCUGCAUAUCAGCUCCUCCUCUUUUGUCAAAUCCAUGUGGUUCAGUGAAACCCGCUCGGCUCUCAUGGGCUUCUUCUUUUCCCAAGCUUGGCAUCUCCUUCAAUUGCAUCGCAGCCCCUCCUAGUUCCCUUCACACGCACAACAAGGAUUCCUUCAUUCGAGCUGCAUGGACCAGGAGAUCUCGAGGUGAGGCUGCAAAAAGACCUAAUAGGAAAUCAUGGUCGCAAAGGACAGAUAUGUACAUGAGGCCAUUUUUACUGGAUGUUUUCUUUUCAAAACGAUUUAUCCAUGCCAAAGUGAUGCACCGGGGUACCAGCAAAGUGAUAUCCGUGGCUAGCACAAAUUCCAAGGAUUUGAGGUAUUCAUUGACGUCACUUGUCGACAACGAUGCGUGUCGAGUCAUAGGAAACCUGAUCGCAGAGAGGUGCAAGGAUGCUGAUGUAUUUGCAAUGUCUUUUGAGCCCAAAAAGAAUGAGAGGAUUGAGGGUAGGCUUGGAAUUGUACUUGAUACCAUAAAGGAGAACGGAAUCAUGUUUGUUUAGAACCUGUGAGAAUCAGUUCUAGUUCAUUUUUGUGGUAAAGUUAACAUGUACAU